CCAUUCGAGUGCUAAGUUUAUACGUGUUUUAUUGUUAUAUGCUUAUAUGUUUAUUAAAUAAGUGCGAUUGUAAAAGUUAAGUGUUAAAAUGUAGGUAAAUCAUUUAACAAUGGAUGUCUUUUGAUCGUUGGUAGUAAAGCUCAAGAUGGCUAAACGUCUCACCAAGAAUCACUACGUAGCACCGCGUCUGGCGGAAUCACCUACGCCAGUCCACAUCAAUCGAAAUCCGGCAUAUUCUGAUGAGGAAGGUAGUCAGAGAGGCGGAUCCGAACACGGCUAUCCAGAGUAUGCGUCAGUACCCUACACCGUGGUGAGCGAUCGCAAUGGGCGUAGGCACCAGUCGCCGCACUCCCCAUCGGUGCUGAGCAAGGGAAGCGGCUACGGUGACACCGGGUCGGAUAUCUACGUGACGAGCGGUGCGUACAAGUCACCGUCCGAAAUUAGCCGAGGCUCCCGAGCUCCCAGAGCGCCGAGCCAAUUCUCCUACAGAAGCGGUAAGGCGCCAUCUCUCGCGAGCACGGCGAAAACUCGAACGUCCCGCAAAGCCGGCGCACGCAUCGAGGCCAUGACCGCCCCCAACCCGUUCUGCCCCAACAUCAAGGGAAUGUGCUGCCUAAUGAUCUUACUAAACUUGGGGAUCAUCCUGGUAACGUUAGGCUUCAUCAUAGUCAUACAGUUCUUCGAGCCGGUAUACGUGUGGAUCCUCGGAAUUGUCUUUCUAGUCUUCGGAUUCAUAACGUUAAUUAUUAGCCUACUGUACUGCGUCGUGAUAUUUAGAGAUGCCCGUAAUCCGAAGGACGUCAAUCCCGAAGAUCUCUACUGGACGCACCACUGGCAAAAGGACAUCGGCUCGCCAGAGGUACACUACAAAUCCGAAGAGAAGUACAACGACGAUAGAUACAGCGAUAGGUAUUCGGUUAGUAAAUUGUCCGGAAAGUACUCGGACAGGAAUGGAAGAUAUUAAUCGACAAAUUAACAAUUAAUUUUAUUAAUCGAAGUUAACUUAGCGAUAUGUACAUACUUUAAUGUUUAUUAAUUGAAGAAUAUUUAUUUGUUUAACACGAUUUAUUUGUUUA